AUGACUCCCUCUCCAACGACAACCAUCACCACCAUAGAUGAACAGCAGGUACCAAGGGAUACAUACAUACCAUUGGGCGAGGAUGUCGAGGACGUAGAGCAGUAUGGCGAGGGCGGGUAUUACCCCGUCGACAUCGACGACGAGAUCCACAACAGGCGAUCAGGAGGACGCCUGGUUUCACUCAAGCUCCUCCUAGCAGAUACAGCUCGAGAUAGCUCGGAGAUCCUAAUCCUGCGACAGCUGGGUGCCGCCGCCCAGGUCAAAAAUCAUCCAGGACAUCCGUUCGUCUUGGCACUACUCGACGAGUUUGAGGUCCAGGGAGUGAAUGGCUGUCAUCGCUGUAUAGUCACAGAAGCUCUUGGUCCGAGUGUUGCUGCAGUGAAGUACGAAUCGGAGGGGAACCGACUGCCGAGACAUAUCUCGCACAUAGUGGCUACGCAGUGUGCCAAAGGGUUGGCAUAUCUCCAUUCUUGCGGCAUCGUUCACGGAGGUGCGUAUAUCACCCGCCGUAUCUCAAAGAAGGGGGGGGGGGGGGGUUAUCUCGCCAAACUCAGUACAGUAAAUCUUGUUCUUGGUCCUACAACUGAUUUCAAGAAGUGCGGUAUUGCAUCUAUCAAAUAUAUCCUUCCUUUUUGGACGGCUGACCUUGACUCCUGGACCGUGAAGCAAGUGUGCGAGUGCUUUGGAGACCCCCGGAAGUACGAAAUCAACCGGAUCUACGGCCAGUCACCGACUCCCGCUACACGACAGGAUGCUGUGCGCCCGCCGAACCCGAUCAAAUUGAUCCAGUAUUGCUUGACAGAUGCGUGUAGGGUCAGAAUCGCAGAUUUCGGCGAGGCAUUCCUCCCAGCAAGCCGUUGCAUACCCAAGGACCUCAAUACACCCGUUCCCAUGGCCGCGCCCGAGGUUAUCUUUAAAGACAAUGCAAAGAUGGGGGCAUCGGUCGAGAUCUGGGCGCUGGCUUGUACGUUGUUCGAGAUUCUCGGUGACCACAGGCUCUUGGAGUCGCUCAUGGCCGACCGCGACGAGGUCUUGAUUGAGAUGGUGCGGACCUUAGGCAAGCCCCCCGAUAGUUGGUGGCGUGAUUGGAAAGGGAGGACAAGGUACUUUGAAGAGGAUGGGUCGUUUAAGCCUGAUUCGGGGGACACGAGCGGGGAACCAAGAACGGUUGACCGAAAGGAACGAGUGGGGGAAAUACUGAGAGGAGAAAACGAAGCCACGCAGGAAGAGUUUGGGGAACAGGAGGUUUGGCGUUGGAGGGACUAUUGGCGGGCAUGUUGA